ACAAUAAACAUGGAGUCGAUCUUUCAUGAGCGGCAAGAAGGCUCACUGUGUGCUCAGCACUGUCUGAACAAUUUGCUUCAAGGGGAGUAUUUUAGUCCUGUUGAAUUAUCCUCUAUUGCACAGCAGUUGGAUGAGGAAGAAAGAAUGAGAAUGGCAGAGGGAGGAGUGUCUAGUGAAGAAUAUAGAACAUUUUUACAGCAGCCUUCAGUAAAUAUGGAUGAUAGUGGAUUCUUCUCCAUUCAAGUUAUAAGCAAUGCCUUGAAAGUUUGGGGUUUAGAACUAAUCCUCUUCAACAGCCCUGAGUAUCAGAGGCUUGGAAUCGACCCUGUAAAUGAAAAGUCAUUUAUUUGUAAUUAUAAGGAACACUGGUUUACAGUUCGAAAGUUAGGAAAACAGUGGUUUAACUUGAACUCUCUCUUGAUGGGUCCAGAACUAAUAUCAGAUACAUAUCUUGCACUUUUCUUGGCUCAAUUACAACAGGAAGGUUAUUCCAUAUUCGUAGUAAAAGGUGACCUGCCAGAAUGUGAGGCUGAUCAGCUAUUGCAGAUGAUUCGGGUACAGCAGAUGCAGCGACCAAAACUAAUUGGAGAAGAGACAGCCCAGUCAAGAGAUCAGAGACUACCCAGAAGUGAUGUGGACCAAGCAAUAGAAGUUAACCAUCCUUUUGAUGGAACAGGCAUGUUAGAUGAGGAUGAAGAGAAUUUUCAGAAAGCACUGGCUCUGAGUAGGCAGGAAAUUGAUAUGGAAGAUGAAGAAGCUGAUCUUCGCAGAGCCAUUCAACUCAGCAUGCAAGGUAGUCGUCGAAGUGACUUCCCAGCCUCAGUACCACGCAGUGUUCCUCAAUCACCCCACACCAGUCAGACUGACUCCCUUUCUUCAGAAGAACUGCGAAGGAGAAGACAAGCAUAUUUUGAAAAGCAGCAACAACAGCUGCAGCAGCAAGAUAGAGCCCCUAAGGUACAUGAUAAGCCAACUCUAAGCUCGGGCACUCCAGAAGCUGAUUCAGGAGGUGAUAUGAGUGAAGAAGACAUGCUUCAAGCAGCCAUGAAUAUGUCUCUGGAAUCUGUUAGAAACCACUUGAAUGCAGAAGAGGAGAAAUGA